AUGCCUGGAAUAAAACGCCGUGUUGAAUCCGGCGACGAUCACGGUGGGAAACGAGCCAAAGUAAAGGAUGCGGCUGCUUCGACAGAGACGAAAAGUGCCAAAAAGACCUAUACUCCUCCAUCCUUCAAAAAGAAGGGCAUUACCAUUGGAGCGCGAAAGUUGAACAAGAAGAAAAAGGCUGCAAAAGAACGCGCAAAAGAACAAGCGAAAGAACGCGAAAAAAAGGACAAGAAGAAACACCGUGACGAGGAUGAGGAGCCCGAUUCGGAAGAAGACUCUGACGUCUCCGAAGAUUCGGACGUAGAUAUGGAUGAUAGUGGAGAGGACGAAGAUGGGGAUGAGGAGAGUGCAACGGAGGAAACUGGAAAAGAGGAGAAGUCUGUUGCAAAGAGUAAUGGAUCUAAGGCGAACGGAGUUGAAAAGAGCACAUCUUCUCGCGAAGCGCACGCCAAGCAAAAAGCCAUAACGCAGGAACGCAAGGCGGCAAAGCCAAACGCGGAUUUGAUCGCUCGAUCGAAAAAGAUCUGGGAACGAUUGCGCCUCAAAACGAACAUUUCCAAGGAAGAACGACAACAAUUGCUUGCUGAGUUGUACGAAAUUAUCACCGGACGAGUGAGCGAUUUCGUCUUCAAACAUGAUGCAGUACGGGUCAUUCAGACGGCAUUGAAAUAUUCCACUAUAGAACAACGGAAGCAGAUUGCGCGGGAGCUUAAAGGGCGCUAUCGGUCCGUAGCUGAGAGUCGAUAUGGAAAGUUCUUGCUCGGAAAGAUACUGGUACACGGUGAUACGGAAGUCAGAGAUAUGAUAAUCCCUGAGUUCUACGGAAACGUCAAACGACUAAUGAGACACCCGGAGGCGUCUUGGAUUCUCGACGACAUCUACCGGACCGUCGCUACCAAAGAACAAAAGGCCAAUUUACUGCGAGAAUGGUACGGCCCAGAGUUUACCAUCUUCAAGGAAGAGAGCGGAUCCGUGCCUUCGGCAGAUUUGUCGCAGAUCUUGGCUGAAAACCCUGAGAAGAAAGCGCCCAUCUUGCACAAUCUGUAUGAACUCAUCAACCAAUUGGUGCAGAAAAAGACUACUGGAUUCACCAUGUUGCAUGAUGCUAUGCUGCAAUACUUUUUGAACGUGACGCCGGGUAGUUUUGAAGCCAACGAAUUCAUUGAACUGAUCAAAGGAGACGAAGAGGGUGACCUUGCCAAGAAUAUGGCGUUUACGAAAUCGGGAGCAAGGUUGAUGUGCCUUUGCCUGGCCUACUCUUCUGCCAAGGACCGCAAGGUGUUGCUACGGUUUUACCGUGAGACCAUUAAGAUGAUGGCAAGCGACGUCCACGGGCACAUGGUCUUAUUGACUGCGUUUGAGGUCAUCGAUGACACCAAACUUACUUCCAAGAUCAUAUUUCCUGAGCUCUUGAAUCAAGAUCUCGCUGAGUCGGCCCGCCAUGACGAGCUGCUGCAACAGGUGAAUGAUCUCACAGCACGAAUUCCUGUGCUCUACUUGUUUGCGGGAGACAAGGUCAAGUGGCUGCUCACAGGCGCCGAUCAAGAGAUCCUGAAGGAAAUUCGUGAGAUCAGAACUCAGACUUCGAAGAAGGAGCCGUCUAUUCGGCGCCAGGAGCUCAUCAAAGCGGCAAGCCCGACUCUGCUCGAAUUUAUUGCUUCGCGGGCAGAGGCUCUCAUGGAAACCAGCUUUGGAUGCCAAUUUAUUACGGAAGUGCUCUUUGAUGCCGACGGAGACAAGUCCGCUGCGUUGACUGCUGUUGCAGUUGCCGCCAAAUCCAAGCCCGAGGUCAAGGAUUCUCCUUUCAUCGGGCGGAUGCUGAAGUCGCUUGUUCAGGGUGGCAGGUUCAACAAUCAAGAAAAAGUGGUCGAGAAAGUGAAUCCACCACUUCGGUUUCACUCUUUACUCUACGACAACAUCAAAGAUGACAUUAUGACCUGGACGGUUGGGUCCCACCCGUUUGUGAUCGUGGCACUGGUGGAGUCGGACGACUUCGACAAGAAAGAGGAGUUGCUGAAGACAUUGAAGAAGAACAAGAAAGCCCUGGAGCAGGCAGCCGCACCAGCAAAAGAAGCCUCCGGCGAUGGAAAGAAGAAACCUGGUCCUACGAGCAGCGGAGCCAAGCUCUUACUGGAGAAACUCCAAUAA